AUGGAGUCUCCAACGCGUCUCCCCCCGAGUCCCUCAAAAGCGUUGCAUCCGGUCUCUCCGGAACGCAUGAAUCAACAAACCAUCCCCGCGUCGCCAUCACUCCCAGCCGACCUUCUUACACUUCAUCACAAAAACCACCGAGGUGUCUCGGAAGUGCAAGCCAAGGUGGCGUUCCUCAACGGGCUUUCUAAGGGAGGCAGCCCCGCCAACGCAUCAUCCAACAAUGCAGCCGUGCUGAGGGCCAACAUGGGCCGCGAAGAGGCCGAGUCAGCCCUCGCUUCGGCACAAGAAGAACUAGCCGAAGCCCAAGACCGCGAACGCCGAAUCAGUGAACGCCUUGAGUCCUUAUUUGAAGAGCUACACGGAACAAAAGAACGACAAGGCCAAGAACGAUCCAUCUUCGAAAAGGAGAUCCGGAAAGCCCGUAAAGAGGCUUUCCGGGCUGGAUCGACUGUGGUGAAGCUUCAGGAAGAGUUGAAGCAUGCCAAGUCAGAAGUCAAAUCUCUGAAAGAGGAAUUGGCAGCAGAACGCGACUCGAAGGAUCGCGCCAAACAGGAAGCAUUCGAACGCGCCUAUGCUCUUGCUGGUCUCACAGAAGAGCUUGAGCUGCUGAAAGAGAAAUUCCGUGCCCUCGAAACAGAAAAUCACUCCAGCACCCUGGAAGUCCAGGCCCAUCAGAUUCGCAAAGAAGACUUUGGCAGAUUAUCACUGGUUGAGGGUGACCUCGCCUUUUUGAACACACCCCGGAGGCCCAAACGAGCCGCCGCAGGUUCCGCCCGUUCGCCCGCCCCAGAACGCGAUGAAGAUCUAGUGGAAGCGACACCCCCCAAACGCCCACGAUUGUCGGAGUGUGGGCCAGUUGUCGAUGAGCAGCCCGCAACAGAAACUGCUCCUGCUGAGGCAGAUGAAAACAUGUUUGAGGAACUGCAGGAGGAGCUCCUUUUCGAGCGCCGUCGUAGGGCUGCCGCAGAGGACAUGGUACAUUUCUUGAACAUCGAGUGUCAAUUCGAGCGUUGCUCUUGCAGAAUUGCCGAGAGCCAGGGUCGUCGUUACAUCUACGAUGCCGAGUAUUACAACACCUUCCAAAAGCCCCAGAUUGAGGCAGAAGAGAAGACUCAGGCAGAAGAGAAGACUCAGGCAGAAGAGAAGGCUCGUGCCCACGAGGCGAACACUCAGAAAUUCGUUAUGCAACAGCCCAGCCCGGAGUCAGCCAGCACCCCUGAGGCCAGUCCUCCGCCACCUCCUGUUCACCGAUCUCCUGUUCGCCAAUCUCCUGCCCACCAAGCUUCGAUCCAUGGAUCUCCUAUGCACCAGUCUCCCGCCCAUGAAACACCCACUCAUGAGUCGCCUGUUCACCCUUCCUCCAUCCACAGAUCUCCCAUUCAUCCCUCACCUGCCCACCAAUCUCCGGCUCACGUCUCCCCUGUUCACCAUGUCAUGGCCACUCGAGUAGCUUCUCCCGAACUUAGUGACCACGAGGAGCCAGAAGCCAGUCGAACUCCUCUGGCCCCGCCGCCUGUUCCUGCCCACGAGGUCACCCCACUUGUUCAUGCCCAACGGGCUACUCCGUCUUCAAAGAAGGCUGAACCCACAAGUGCGCCGAAGAUGGAUAUGCCAGCCGAGCCUUUGGUGACGUUUUCUCCAGAGACUGGCACCUUCAUGACUUUCCCAUCUCCCUUGCGGGACAACGUCAGACCUUUGAAAUUGGAUCAAUUCGAGAUACCUGACCUUCCUGAGCCCCAGCCAGACUUCGAAGAAGACCACAUGGAUGUCUCUGAUUCGCCAGAAGAGCAUUCUCCAGAAGAGCAUUCUCAGUCAUUCACCCCGUCUGGAGAGCCAGCUCCGGUACAGGCACCCAGACCGGUACCUGCACGUGCACCUGCCCCCGCUGUGAGGUCCCGCGCAAACCCAGCUGGUGGCAAGAACGACAUAUCGUCCGCACGAGCACGGCUGUCUCAAGAAGCUCGUCCGCCCAGCCGGGUUGAGAGAGAUGCCCAUGGAUAUCGCCAACCGCUGCACGCCCCGAAAAGGGACCCUCGCGGACAGAACGCCAUCAUCAACACGAAGAGAGUUCCUCUCCGAAAUGAUACGCAAUCCCAGCGCACAUCACAUCCAGGUGUCCCAGACGUCCCAAUCGACCGUGAGCAGGCUUUGGCUCAGAUCCGAGCCCGAAGAGGUCGUACCCAUAGCAAGCAGCGCUCAUUUAGUGCCAAUGAAGCUGGCCGCGUAGCUCGCGCCCCCAGCGGUUCGACCACGAACCCGGUACGAGGGCCUCGUCGCGUCCCCAACCCCAAUCUCCGGCCCGAUUCAAGGACUGAACAUGAUGUCAACGAGCGCCGAGAUGUCAGUGCUCCCGUUCGCAUGUUUCGUCGGUAG